GGACCCCCAUUCUACGGACAACUUACUGUACGCCUUUACACAAUAACAGCAAAUAAAGCACGUUCCUUUUCAAAUUAACCUGCGUGGCUUUUACUGCUGUUCGGUCUCAUUGAAGGGGGCCCCGCGCUUGUUGUUGCUCUUCCUCAGAAGGCGGUGAUAAUGUAGUACAGGCGGCGGCUGGACAGACAGUAAACAUGGCGGCGGCUGUCAGGCAGUUGGGAGUAAGAUGGAGCGGCUUGUGGAACAGCCGCGUCUCCCGGGCUCAGAUCGCCCUCUCCGCGUCUCGGCGUGCCCUAUCUACCGGGAAUGCAGUUCACCAGCAGCAGUUCACGUCCUUGGAUGAGAAACCCCAAUUCCCAGGAGCAUCAGCAGAGUUUGUGGACAAGUUGGAGUUCAUUCAGCCCAAUGUCAUAUCCGGUAUCCCCAUUUAUCGGGUGAUGGACCGGCGAGGACAGAUCAUGAACCCAGAUGAAGACCCCAAGUUGCCUAAGGACAUGGUGCUGAAGUUCUAUCAGAAGAUGACACUGCUGAACACAAUGGAUCGCAUUCUGUAUGAGUCCCAGCGACAGGGCCGCAUAACCUUUUAUAUGACCAACUAUGGUGAAGAGGGCACACAUAUUGGCAGUGCUGCCGCACUGGAAUCCAAUGACAUGGUGUUUGGGCAGUACAGGGAAGCAGGUGUCUUAAUGUACAGAGGCUUCCCGCUGGAACUGUUCAUGGCACAGUGCUAUGCCAGUGCCAGAGAUGUGGGUAAAGGACGUCAGAUGCCUGUUCACUAUGGCAGCAAGGAUCUCCAUUUUGUUACAAUCUCAUCUCCUUUGGCAACGCAAAUACCGCAGGCUGUCGGGGCUGCAUAUGCUUACAAAGUGAGUCAGGAGGACCGUGCAGUCAUCUGCUACUUUGGAGAGGGCGCUGCAAGCGAAGGGGAUGCUCAUGCUGGUUUCAACUUUUCAGCCACUCUAGAAUGUCCCAUCAUAUUCUUCUGCAGGAACAAUGGCUACGCAAUCUCAACACCAACCCAUGAGCAAUACAGAGGAGAUGGCAUUGCUGCCAGAGGCCCUGGUUAUGGGAUAAUUUCCAUCAGAGUGGACGGGAAUGAUGUCUUUGCUGUUUAUAAUGCUACCAAAGAGGCAAGGCGCAGAGCAGUGGCAGAAAACCAACCCUUCCUCAUCGAGGCCAUGACUUACAGGAUAGGCCACCACAGUACCAGUGAUGACAGCUCAGCCUAUCGAUCUGUAGAUGAAGUAAACUACUGGGACAAACAGGACCACCCCAUCUCGAGGCUCCGACACUACAUGGUGAACAAGGGCUGGUGGGAUGAGGAGCAGGAAAAAGCUUGGAGGAAGCAGUCCAGGAAACGGGUCAUGGAAGCCUUUGAGGAGGCUGAACGGGCGCUGAAACCAAAACUGGAUCACAUCUUCACUGACGUGUAUGAAGAGACCCCAGUCAGCCUCCAGAAACAACAGGAGGCACUGCAAAGGCACUUAAAGAUGUAUGGGGAGCAUUACCCCAUCGACCAUUAUGAGAAAUAGAUGGACUGUCUGCCGCAUCCUCCCCCGCCCCCCACACACCCACUCCCACAAGUCUGCCUGCCUAUGAAUUUCUGUUUCAUGUCCUGUCACAAAAGCUACUCACCUUCCCCCCCCCCACCCCCGCUUCCCAAUCCCCACUUCACCCCACCCUCUCUUCCCCCCUCAACCUCUAAUCAGAGUGCUCUGUUAGUAAGGUUUAUAGGAAUUUGAUGUUGUACUCCAUGAAAUCCUGGUCUUCCGUGAUCACCUCAUCCCAAACAUGGGAAUGAUGUCAUUGAGAGGUCAUUUCAAAUGAAGCACUGUGUGUGAUGAUCAGUCACCCAGGAGCAGGGUGAAUGUUGUAGCAUUUCAGGACAUCAGAAUUAUUCAGUGCUGUCUGCUUACAGAAAGGGAGGAGGAGACAGUGGAAACUCAAGAGCUGUGAGAAUAGGCUGAUUGUCCCUUCUGGGUUUCAAUGCUCUGUCAGUUCCAGGAGGUUGAGCUAUAAAUAGAGCUCUGUGGGGGAAGUGGCCUGUUCUAUUCACUCAUGUGUUUGAUCUGCAGUGUGAAUUUAUCUUCUCAGUCGCACAAAUUCACUAGCUAAGGGUUUGCAAUGGUGCUGUUUUGGCUUGUGGUAUGUAGCUGGAUGAGAGCAAUAAUCCCUCUUGACCAUUACCUAACCUUUCAGUUUCCUCAAUGUACUCAUCUGCAAUAUUAGCAAGUGAUUCUCUGGGUUCUCCAGAAAACCUUGUGAGUUAAGUACUGAGCCUCGGAACCAAUACACCCCACCCAGCCUGUACGAAAUAGCAUAAAUGCAAUCUUGACCAGUGAGCAGGGUAGGCUGGUCACUGGCCUUGUUGCUCCUAAGCUUUCUGCAGGACUUUGACAUGGCUGUAAAUGUACACACAGCAGUAAUGCACAUGUCUGCCACCAGCACUACCUACUCUACAUUGCUGCUGUAAUACUCUGAGAUGAUUUUUUUUGCUGAAGAUCGGAUCUUUUCGCAUUUUCUCUAAAGCAAAAAUGUUGUUCCUGGUGUUUAAAAUCCAAUUUACAUCUCACUUUUAUUAUGGUUUAGUUGGAUGCUGCAAAUGUUUUGUUUGUCAAAUAGGAUAUGGUUUAAAUCACUUUCGGAAAGGGCUUCCUUGCACACACAGACUCACUUGUAGCUAUUUAAUGACCAAGAUCAAAUCCUCCUGAAAUCAUAGCAUCUUGGAUUUAUGGACUAGAUCUUAAAUUUGACUUGUGUCACAGAGUUUGGAAGGACUGGAGCAGGAUAGGGAGGCACUGGUAUUCAAUCACUGACCAUGAUUGACCCUCUUGUAGGGAAUCAAUCAACCUCAUUUCCUGGAAGAGUACACAGGUGGGGGAGGUCCACAACAGCAUCCCUUUGUUAAUGUUUCUUCAACUGGUGUUUAUUUACAAAUAAGAAGUUGAUGCAGGUCACUUCUUCAGUGCUGUCCAUAUGAAUUUCAUCAAUAAACACCGUGAUUAUUAGUGUAACAGUCUGUGGAGUUGCCAGAUUUGUGCAUCAGUUAAUAAAAAGCUGCAGGUUGCAGUUAACUUCUGGGGUGUUGUCAGUCCUGCUAAUUGUGGUUACAGAUGUAGAUUCAUAAGUCAGAGAUGUACGGCACAGAAGCAGAUCCUUCUAUCCAUCUCGUCCAUGCCGACCAACUAUCCCAAAUUAAUCUCGCCCUUUAUACCAGCAUUUGGCCCAUAUCUCUCUAAACCCUUCCUAUUCAUAUGCAGGUUGUAAUGCACCUACCAGCUCCCGUAUUAGAUCUAAUGUGUCAUUUCUAGCUGACCAGGCCUCUAAGAUAGGCCCUGCUGUCUAUGGUAAUAGUUGUUUGAUAAACUGGGCAUUAUAUUUCUUAUGUGCUUUCAUGGGAUGUGGGUGUCUCUGUUACCCAUCUUUACUCUUGAACUGAGUGAUUGUUCAGGCCAUUUUAACUUCAAUAGUGGGGUGGCUCAGUGGUUAGCGCUGCUACCUUAGAGCACCAGGAACCCAGGUUCAUUUCCACCCUUGGGCAACUCUGUGGAGUUUACGCAUUCUCCCUGUGCCUGUGUGGGUUUCCUCCCACAGUCCAAAGAUGUGCAGUUUAGGUGGAUUGGCCUUGCUAAAAUGCCCUUGAGUGCUCAGGGAUGUGCAGGCAGAUGGGUUAGUGAGGGGAUGUGUAGGGUUACAGGAACAGAUUUGGGGGGAUGGAUCUGGUUGGGAUGCUUUUCGGAGGGUCAGCCUGGACUCAAUGGGCUGAAUGGCCUGCUUCCACACUCUCUCUGCAUUCUAUGAUUCUACAAUUUCAGAAGGCAUCUAAGAUUCUGCCACUUCACUGGAGUUAAAUGAAGGCUGGACAGGCUAAGGAUGGGAGAUUUCCAACCUUAAAAGACAUUAGUAAACUAAUGGUUAGCAGUUCAUUGGUUGCCGUUAAUGAGAUUAAUUUCAGACAUACUUAUUAAAUUUUAAAUUUCAACAGCAGGCAUCGUGAACCCACACCCUCUGGGUUAUCACUACUCCACUGCCUCUGCAUCAUGGAAUUAGCACUCUGGGAAAACAGCAUAAGAGCGUAAGAACUAGGAGCAGGAGUAGGCCAUCCGGCCCCUUUAGGCCCCACCAUUUAAUAAGAUCAUGGCUGAUCUUUGAGACUCAGCUCCACUUACCCGCCCACUCACAAUAACCCUUAAUUCCUUCACUGUUCAACAACUUGCCUUAAAAACUUCUAGGGAGGUAGGUUCAGCCACUUUACUGGACAGAGAAUUCCACAAAUUCACAACCCUUGGAUGAAGAAGUUCCUCCUGACCUCAGUCCUACAUCUGCUUCCCUUUAUUUUGAGGCGAUGCCCUCUAGUCCUAGUUUCACCUGCUAGCGGAAACAACCUCCCCGCCUCCACUUUACCUAUUCCCUUCAUAAUCUUAUAUGUUUCUAUAAGAACUCCCCUUAUUCUUCUGAAUUCUGGUGAGUAUAAUCCAAGUCUACUCAGUCUCUCCUCAUAAUCCAACCCUCUCAACUCUGGAAUCAACCGAAUGAAUCUCCUCUACACCCCCCUCCAGUGCUAGUAUAUCUCUUUGCAAGUAAGGAGACCAAAACUGCACAUAGCACUCCAGGUGUGGCUUCACCAGGACCCGAUACAGCUGCAGCAUAGCCUCCCUGUUUUUUAAACUCCGUCCAUCUGGCAAUGGCAGACAAAAUUCCAUUUGCCUUUUCAAUUACCUGCUGUACCUGCAAUCCCACUUUUAGUGAUUCAUGCACAAGUACACCCAAGUCCCUCUGCAUAGCAGCAUGCUGCAAUUUUUUACCAUUUAAAACAUAGUCCAUUUUGCUGUUAUUCCUACCAAAAUGGAUGCCCUCACACUUAUCAACAUUGUACUCCAUCUGCCCGCUCAUUUAGACUAUCUAUUAUCCCUCUGCAGACUUUCAGUGUCUUCUGUACACUUUGCUCUACCACUCACCUUAGUGUCAGCUCCAAAUUUUGACACAGGACACUUAGUGCCCAGCUCCAAAUCAUCUAUAUAAAUUGUAAACAAUAGAGGUCCCAACACUGAUCCCUGAGGCACACCACUAGCCACUGCCAACCAGAAAAACGCCCAUUUGCCCCUACUGUCUGCUUUCUACUGGUCGACCAAUCCUCUAUCCAUGCCAAUACACUACAUUAUCUUCUGUAGCAGCCUUUGGUGUGGCACCUUGUUAAAUGCCUUCUGGAAAUCCAGAUACACCACAUCCACAGGUUCCCCAUUGUCCACCAUGCAAGUGAUGUCCUCAAAGAAUUCCACCAAAUUAAUUAAACAUGACCCACUCUUCAAGAACCCAUGCUGGGUGUUCCCAAUGGGAUAAUUUAUAUCCAGAUGUCUUGCUAUUUCUUCCUUAAUGAUAGAUUCAAGCAUUUUCCCCACUACCGAAGUUAAGCUGACUGACCUGUAGUUACCUGCUUUUUGUCUCCUUCCUUUUUUAAACAGUGGCGUCACAUUGGCUGUUUUCCAAUCUGUGAGACCACCUAAGUAGACCAGUGCUCCAGACUGAACUUCACAAUUUUAAGAGGAAGUAUGCAGGGGGAGGGGUCAGCUCAGUGAAGGUAUGUCUUUGUGGGUGAUUCACUCCACCCUAACUCCUCUCAUUUCUCCCAUGUCGUGUGUACUUUAUGGUAAGCAGCUCUAAUGUCAAACUGUGAAGUAUUCUGUAACAAUGUAAUGUUAUACAGCAGGAUGUAUUCAUCUCCCAAGAGAUGCUGGCUGCUUUCUUUGCUGAGCUAGUAACAAAAAAGGACAUAGGACUGUAAAUUCUAGCUGUGGAAUCACAUGCUUUGUGGAGAGGAUCACUUUCACAGUAUUGUGAUCACAAGGCACAGACAUUCUCUCUUCCUGCAGGCUCCAUGCUCUCCUCCAUUUCCAAUAGUCCAUCAGCCUGUCUCAUUGUGUUUUUUUCCUCAUAACAGUAAAAUGAGUAAUGUUAAUGCACUAUCCUAUUACAUUAUUGUGUCCAAGUCAGAAGUUUGUCAUUGCAAGUCCCACUCCAGCAAAAACACUGUAUCCUGAUGUAUUGACAGACUCUGUGUAUUGCAAGUCAUUUCAUUCCAUAAUGGAUUACUGUGUUAGUGUUACGGAAGUGGCUGGUCUCCUCUGAUGGCCACCAUCAAUGUAAUUCAGAGGGCAUGGGACAAGCUGGUGAUUAUUUGGCUAGAGCCUGGAGCCAUUGAUAUUACAGAAGAUUCCACAUUUGUGCAGAUCUGAUUGUUGGUUUAUGGUGUCAGAACUCUGCUCAAUGUUGCUGACCUGUGGUAAAUUACAGACUGCACAAGUUGUUGACAGCUCUGGAAAUUUGCUUAAUUCUUUUGCCUGCGUCUCUGGGUUCUGCUGUCGUCAUUGAAAGGAGACAUUGCUGGCACACAAAAUGACACAAACAAGCUGGUGUUAGGAUUCCCUACAGCACUUACCACAAAUGGCAGAUAUGAUUUAAACAACUUUCUUAAAGAGUCCUACUGCAAUUAUCAAUAAAGGACUUUCUAACCAGCUUUCUAUUUUGCUCACCACAUCCCACCUCGUCUUCCCAUCUGUAUGUGUAAUUUGUUUAUAAACCCAGAUUUUCUCUUCCUAAAAGAUUAAUCUGGUUUGUGUACUAGGCAAAGGUCUAUUUUGACUGAAUGGAAACAAAUAUCACAAAAAUUCCCCAGGGAUCUUUACAAUCUUCCUUGUUUGCAGUACCUGACCUCCCUAUUAACAAUGCUGGUCAAACACUGCACUGUGAACUACAAACAUCAAAACACUUUGUUCCUUUUUGACUCUCAUUUUCCGUUUUAAUUUGGCCGGUGAUGUUGUAAACUCUCUGUCAGAAAACUGUCAAUAUGAAAUUCCCCUGGAUCCUGCUUUGAUUUUUUUUUGGCACACUAGCAGUGUGUUUUGCAGCUGUUAACACAAGCUGUUAACUAAGGAGAUCUGAUAGAUGAUAGCAUAGCUGUAGAAUUGAGAGCUGUUUCGUUGAUGUGGGACUCGGAGCGGAGAAAGGGUUUGAUUAACUAAUGUUCACGCUGAGUGUUGAACUAGAAGCAGCAGAACAAAUCCCAGCUUCAAAUUUAUCUUCAAAAAUGCUGUUACAAAACAAUGUUAUAGCUACAUGUUUAAUCAUUGCUUUUUUUAAAAAUAAAAAUCAAAAGACAGUGAAAAAAUGUGCAAUCUUACGUGAGUGUUAAGGGUGCUGGUUGGUAAUGCUGGUUCUGAAGGACAGUGAAGGUAAUGACUGAGGGUGUCUUUUUAUACAGAGGUUCUAGCUAAUUUUGGGGUUGUUGUAAUGUCUCCAAUCUUCUGGAUUUAAUUCUUACUGGCUGUAGAGCUGAAUUAAAUACCUUUCUGUCACAAUGUUAGUCAAAUUAAACUUCCUUGUGUCAUUGUGUUUCAUUCCUUCAGACAGGCAACUAAAAGUAUUUUUGAGCUCGAUAAAAGAAUGUGAAGGUACUGGUAUUGGACUGGGAUGAACAAAGUCAGAAAUCACACGACACCAGGUUUAUUUGAAAUCACAAGCUUUCGGAGCGCUGUUCCUUUGUCAGCUGACAGAGGAGCAGUUCUCUGAAAGCUUGUGAUUUCAAAUAAACCUGUUAGCCUAUAACUUAGUGUUGUGUGUCUUCUGAAGAAAGACAGAAGUGCUUGAGGUGAUUUUAACAGUUUCUAGAGCUAGGGUGAGUCUCUGGAAUUUUCAAACAUGUGGCACAAAGUCUGUCCCAAGUAUUGGGAAUCUAAGCUCUCUCAAAUUGUGACCUGUGGUGUCUUGCAAACAGCUUUGUAACUACAGAAAUUACUCUGAAGGGGAGCCACAAGAAUGCUAUGCACUUUGAUCAGGUAUUCUGCAAGUGCGUAACCUAUUCAAACGUGACUUAUUUCAGCAGUGCAGGCAAAAAAAAAGCCAGUUGUUGCUGUGAUGAAAUGUGAAAAUAUUAAAGAUUGUAUAUUUCA